AUGCCUGAAAAGCACGACCUUGCCGACGCCUCGGACAUCUCGUCUCCUUCAGACAGCCCCGAAUAUUCCUACAACGAGACCAAGGGGGGUUCCCCUCUCAACGGGUCGGUGCAUGAGUACAGUGGCUCUAUCGACGACCUCGAUGAAGAGCGUCUCCAGGAGCUGCUGGUCAACAACGGAGCUGGAACAAACUCCAAGAACCGACGAAAUAUCUUUGAGAACAAAAAGAUCGCAGAACACUUCGCCGAACUGUACGAAGACGCUGAAUACGAAUGCAGGCACCUAUUCAAGCCGGACUUUGAAUGGGAAACUAAGGAGGAAAAGAAACUAGUCAGGAAACUCGACUGGUACGUUUGUUUCUGGGCAUGUAUCAUGUUUGCUGGUCUGCAGAUUGAUCGUGGUAACAUUGGUCAGGCCCUAUCUGACGGUAUUCUCGGCGACCUAGGUAUGGACACUAACGAUUACAACUACGGUCAGACAAUUUUCCUUCUGUCAUUCAUGUGCGCCGAAAUUCCCUCGCAGCUGGUUUCUAAGAAACUAGGACCCGAUAGAUGGGUGCCCACUCAGAUGGUUCUGUGGAGUAUUGUUGCUUGUUGCCAAGCUGCUGUUCAGAGCCGAGGCCCCUACCUGGCCCUGAGAUCCCUCAUGGGUAUUCUUGAGGGAGGUUUCAUUCCUGAUCUUGUUCUGUGGCUCUCCUACUUCUAUACCUCCAAAGAACUGCCUAUCCGCUUGGGCUUUUUCUGGGCCGCCUACAUUCUGACUCAAAUCCUCACGUCUCUACUUGCGUUCGGUCUGCUGCGUAUCAAGACUGACGCUAUCCAGGAAGGAUGGAGAUGGCUGUUUCUCAUCGAAGGUCUGAUCACAUUUUGCAUUGGUGUUGCAUCGUACUUCAAGAUGCCUGCGUCCGCCGCCCAGACCAAAACCUGGUUCCGAAAGAAGGGAUGGUUCACCGAACGAGAAGAGCUGAUUGUUGUCAACCGAGUCCUUCGAGACGACCCCUACAAGGGAGACAUGCAUAACCGAGCUGCCAUCACCCCCAAGAAGCUAUGGACUUGUCUUUGCGACUACCACCUGUGGCCGAUCUACGCCAUUGGUAUCAUGUUGUACAUUCCUCCUACACCCGUCGCCUCUUACAUGACCCUCAAUCUCCGACAUCUCGGUUUCUCAACCUUCAACACCAACUUGUUGACCAUUCCCUAUCUUGCUCUGGAGCUGUGCAUGCUGCUGUUGGUUACCAAAAUGUCGGAAGUGCUCAACGAGCGAGCUCUGGUUUGUUUGGCCCAGCCUCUCUGGAUUCUUCCCUGCAUUGCGAUUCUGAGAUUCUGGAGUGGAGCACAAAUCGACAUUUGGGGCACCUGGGCAGUCACCACAGUGUUGCUUGGAUACCCCUACGUCCACGCCAUUGUGGUGGCUUGGACCUCGCGUAACUCCAACACUGUGUCGACCCGAACAGUAGCUUCAGCCAUGUACAACAUGUGUGUUCAGGCUGGAAAUGUCAUGGCAACCAACAUCUACCGAAACGACGACAAGCCUCUCUACAAGCGAGGAAACACUCAGUUGUUUGCCAUCAAUAUUGCAUGCAUCGUUCUGCUCAUCCUGGUCAAGAUAUACUAUGUGUCGGUUAACAACUACCGAGACAAGAAAUGGGCUGCCAUGACCAAGGAAGAACAGGUGGCCUAUCUGCGUACCACCAAGGAUCGAGGAAACCGACGUCUGGAUUUCAGAUUCGCGCACUAA